CUACAGUUGUAUUGAAAGGAGGGUUGACGUGUGCGGUAACCAUUUUGCACAGUAUUUAUCAGAGUUGUCAAUUCAUUUGGACUAUUGGGAUAAACAGCUUCUUUUUAUACGCGUUAGCCGCAGAGGGCUAAUUAAGAAAGCAUCCUGGAAGAAGCGGCGGUACCGAAGAUCCCUACGCAGCAUGGAUUUUAUGUAACUCCGGCAAAAUGUGAGGAGAUGGCUCCAGGAGAGAAAGAUCAGCAUCGGGGUACCAGCCGUGUAGUGCUGGUCAAGAAAAUUAUAAUGAAAGAUGGAUACACGCCGCAGCAAGGCAUUGGUAGUGCCAGUGUAUACCAUGCUGUGGUGGUCAUCUUCCUGGAAUUCUUCGCCUGGGGUCUCCUCACCACACCUAUGCUAACAGUUUUACAUGAAACCUUUCCACAACACACAUUUCUGAUGAAUGGCUUGAUUCAAGGGGUGAAGGGUCUUCUCUCCUUCAUGAGCGCCCCUCUGAUUGGUGCCUUGUCAGAUGUGUGGGGGAGGCGCUCCUUCCUAUUGGUCACUGUGUUCUUCACCUGCGCUCCCAUCCCCCUCAUGCGCCUUAGUCCAUGGUGGUACUUUGCUAUGAUUUCCAUGUCCGGGACAUUCUCCGUCACCUUCUCGGUCAUCUUCGCUUAUGUCGCUGACGUGACAGAGGAGCAUGAGAGGAGCACGGCAUACGGACUGGUAUCAGCCACAUUUGCCGCCAGCCUGGUUACCAGCCCAGCUAUCGGAGCCUACCUGUCGGCAUGCUACGGUGACAACCUGGUGGUGCUGGUGGCCACUCUGGUAGCCCUGGCGGACAUCUGCUUCAUCCUGCUAGCCGUGCCCGAGUCCCUGCCGGAAAAAAUGAGACUCAACACCUGGGGAGCUCCCAUAUCCUGGGAACAGGCCGACCCCUUCUCUUCUCUAAGAAAGGUCGGGAAGGAUUCAACCAUCCUUCUCAUCUGUAUAACAGUGUUCCUGUCUUACUUACCGGAGGCUGGCCAGUAUUCCAGCUUCUUCCUCUACCUGAGACAGGUCAUUAACUUUUCAUCCACAACCAUUGCAGUGUUCAUCGGAGUGGUAGGGAUCUUGUCCAUUGUAGCACAGACUCUGUUCCUCACGCUGUUGAUGAGGACCAUUGGCAACAAGAACACAGUCCUGUUGGGUCUGGGCUUCCAAAUCCUCCAGUUGGCCUGGUACGGCUUCGGCUCAGAACCCUGGAUGAUGUGGGCUGCGGGCGCCGUGGCAGCCAUGUCCAGUAUCACCUUCCCGGCUGUGAGCGCCCUGGUGUCUCGCUGCGCAGACCCAGACAAGCAGGGUGUGGUCCAGGGCAUGAUCACUGGCAUACGAGGCCUCUGUAAUGGACUCGGCCCAGCUCUGUACGGGUUAAUCUUCUUUAUGUUCAACGUGGAGCUGAGUGGUAUAGACCCCAUACCCGGGGAGUAUGCCAUUGACCCCAUACCCCUCCACCCUCCCACAAAGAGGGCGAUCAUCCCUGGCCCUCCCUUCCUCCUGGGCUCCUGCGCAGUGAUCGUGGCGUUCAUGGUCGCCCUGUUCAUCCCCGAGCACCCGGCACCGCCAGACGAGCAGGCCUGCCUCGAGGGCAAGGACAUGUCGGCCCUGGCGGGCGUCCACAUCAACACGCCCCUGCCGGGAAGCGAAGAGGACACCCCAGCGCCCACCAGCGACGAGGACUUUGAGCCCCUGCUGCAGGACAGCAUUGUGUGACCGACCGAGGGAGAGGCAGAAGGGGCGGAUGUCUCCCGUCCAUAUCACACCUCGCUAUGGCAACCCUCCCCCCUUCUUCCAUCCAGUGCCCCCCCCCCCCCCCCCAGGUCUCCCCUCAGAAGGGGGAAAGGAGGAGGGGAAGAGCCCUAACCUCAGUAUUGCGUGCUUCUCUGCACUGAUGCACAACCAUACCCAGACCCUUUUUUCUUAGACCCUAUCUACACUGGCUAGUAUUUAUUUUAGGACGAUUUAAUUUAUGCGGUUUGUUCAUGAUGUUGUCAUAUAAGGGGGUUGUUAUCUUACUGGAAUGUUUGCAAUAUAAGACGUUAUGUUCUAGAAUAGUGGAGGAAAGCUGCUCUUUGAUGUUAAGGAAAGUGGUAUUAUGGCAAACAGAUAUUGGAAGCAAGGUGGGAAAGGUUGGUGUACGACACACUGUUGUACACAUUUAAAAAAAAAAUCUGAUUAGCAUUUAACCUAAUGAAGGUACCUUAAGUGUUUCAUGGGAAUUGGCUUGAACUACAUAAGAUGUCCAGAGACAACUGUGCCAGUAGUAUUCAACAACAUCAUUAUUUAGGAAGUGUUCAUAGAGGUAAUCUGUCAAAGUUAAUAGCCAUAGGAUUAUGAGUCUGAUAUUUCAAUAAAUAACAAAGAAGCUUAAGUUGACAUGCCUUACAACUCAUGUGAUAGCAAAUAUCAUAUCAUGUCUUUUAGGUCACUGGGGAAUUUAGUGGAGGUUGAGUUACCAUGUAGAAAGAGGAUGUUCCAAAGUACUCUUAUUGGUCACCAGAGAUUUAGAGGACCAGGGUUGGGCUGUUGAACCAGAUGUAUAUGCCAACAUAUAUGAUGUUUUAGGUGAGGUUGUGGAUAGGUUGAAGUGAAUGUGUGGCCCUCAUUACUGCAUCCCAUAAAGGUUCUGUGUGAAGCAGGCUUAGAUGUGUUGAUGCUGAUUGUUAGUUGAGGGGAUGUACAUUGACGUAUAUUAUAAGAAAUGUAUUUAUGACGUCUUUAUUUUCAGUUGAUCCAUACUGUAUAGAGCAGAGUGUUAAACAUUCUGCCGCAUAUGACUGCAAUGUCAUGGCUACUCUGUUAAUAGGGUUGUAUUUAAUUCGAUGGAAAGGAAGAUGUUUUUAAUGAUAUUCUUUUUGUAAUUUUUGGGGAGGAUUUUGUAUUCUCUUUAUACCCUAGGGACAUGUAAUGGGUUGAUUUUCAAAAUGAGAUUUGCUUGUUUAGCGUGACCCUUGACUUUCAAUCACCGUUCAUUACAAAAUAUGUCCCCUGUUUUUACGAUAGCUACCUCAGCUUUGAAAUGUUUCAUUUUGAAGUCUGAUUUAAAUUUGGUACCACCAUCCUUCACCAUGCAAAUGUAUUUUCCGCCUGUGUCAAAUAAACCCACUGCUUGAAAAUGUAUUAAAUGCUGUAAGAUAGAGCAGAUACAUCAGUUCAGAGUGGUACAUUGUGAGCGUGGCACAUUUUGAGAGUGGCCCAUUUUGUACAUAACCCUCUUUUCCUGUGAGACUGCAAGUGUUGAAAAUGUGGAUAGUUCAUGUUUUAUAUGUACAUAGAUGAGGGUUAGUCCUGUUUCCCUACAGGUUAGGGUUUUGAGACCAAUGUCGUGUUCCAUAAUCUGACCAUGCUGUUCCUUAGCUGAGGGAUGAGUCACGCUCUCUUCACUUGGGUCGAGGGCUCCAUAAUCAAUGUUGAGUGUUUUCCUGAAGUGAUUUCUGUUUGACUGCUCAAACGCAUGAAUAGCUGUCCACACGUACCUACUCGAUUCUAAAAGUCCCUAGACGCUAGAGCUCAUAGUGUUCUGUAUCUGUCUGUAAAUCCUAUAAUUGUUUUAACCCCCGACAAUAUGCCCCGAGGGGUAGACGGUCAGAUAUGUACCUUCAUCUUCGACUCCUCCGUUUGGGUCCCGUCUCUGAAAUGGCGCAGAUUGAACCUGUCGUCAGUACCAGGAUUUUGGAGGAGGAAGACAUUUGAGUGCUUCUGGUCUUACCUGAUUGUGAGCGAGUCACUUCCUUGUUCUGCGAGGAGGGUUUGAAGCCAGAGUUUAUUAAGCAAGGGAAACGAGGAAAGAGAAGUGAGAACCAAAGGGCCCCUCGGUUUGGAACCUACGCUUCUAAAUUGGUAGUGAAGUGUUCCGACCAAGAAUCUCUAAACUGAUGUCACACAGAGGUUAACAGCUGCUUUCACAGUGACUAUUGAAUUGUCUGUGUUAUAGUUUUACCCAGCCUGUAAGAGUGAAAUUAAUUAUGUAUAGUAGUAUAAUGAAUUGAAGACUAUUGCAUUGUUAUGUAUUGAAUAUACAGUAUAAAUCUAUAUAUAUAUAUAUAGAUAUAUAUAGAUAGAUAUAUCUAUGUAUAUAUAUGAAAAAGUAUCUUGAAAUGAUCACAUAUCUCCAGACAGCUAUUUUUUGAAACAGUUAAAAAAUAUCUGUAGAUGACAAAUCAGACCCUUGCCUCUGUAUACACAAAUUCACAUUCUCAAUAUGAAAUAUUUGUUUUUGUCUAACUUGAUCAUUCCAUGUUUUGUUAGCAAAACACAGCAAUUUCAGUUGAGUUGUGUUCAUGAGAUUUAUAACAAAACAAUACAUUAGACAAUUUGUUAUUUCUCCAUAUCUGCUGUGUAUUUUCAUUAAACAUAUGUAGCCAGCAUCUUUAUCAGAGUAUAUACAAAUGUGCCUAUUGUGUAAACAUGUUCAUUUUUUAAUUAAGGAAAAUGACUAUGUAAAUACUAAAGUGUACAUGGAUUGGAGGUUAUCUGUCACGAUGACACAGCAAUGAGAUGUACAUGGGCUAUGUAUAUACACCUCUUAUUGUAUGUCUUAAAUCUUAAGAACUUGUCGAAUUGAUAAUAAAAAAAACAACAUAACCAUU